AUGGCUCCAUUGAAAGGCAUUAAAGUCAUUGAAUUAGCUGGUCUAGCUCCAGGCCCCUUCGCUGGUCUCCUCUUAGCCGACUACGGCGCGUCUGUACUCCGCAUAGACAGACCAGGAAGUGUCGGCGCAGACCAGCUAACUAGAAAUAAGACAUCAAUCACACUAGAUUUGCGCGAUGAAAACUCGCGAAGUGUCCUCAUUCGCCUGCUCACAAGAGCAGAUGUAUUGAUCGACCCAUUCCGACCAGGCGUCCUCGAGCGCCUCGGUCUAUCCCCAACAGAAGUUCUCCUGAGGCAUAACCCGCGAUUGAUAGUCGCGCGCAUGACGGGUUUCCGCCGGGAUGGAAAAUACAAAGACAUGGCCGGCCACGACAUAAACUACAUCGCUGUAUCAGGCGUGCUGUCCAUGCUCGGCCGCGCCAAUGAAAAGCCCUACGCUCCAGGAAAUAUCCUAGGCGACUUCGCCGGCGGCGGAGCAAUCUGCUUCCAGGGAAUUCUGUUAGCACUUAUCUCACGCUCGCAUACUGGCCGCGGGCAAGUAGUGGAAGCGAACAUGGUCGAUGGUUCAGCCUACCUGGCAACGUUCCCGCGACUGGCGCGUCAAACUCCAGCUUGGGGUGCGCCGCGAGGGGAGAAUCUGCUCGACAGUGGGUGUCCCUACUAUGAUACAUACGAGACGAAAGACAGUGGCAAAUACUUCGCUAUUGGGGCGUUGGAGCCACAGUUCUACGCGGCGCUGCUGCAUGGACUGAAUCUCGACCCGAAAACGACACCCAAGCGUGAAGACCGCGCUAAUUGGCCUGCCCUACGGGACAUCUUCGCCCGUCGAUUCAAGGAAAAGACCCGCGCAGAGUGGGAGGCGGUCUUUGACGGCACAGAUGCAUGUGCAACUCCCGUGCUGGAGCAAGAUGAACUCGAAGCAUCAGGCUACGAGCAACGGCCCAUUGUGCACUUGGCGAGUACACCCGCAGCCACGAUCCUAGCCGAUAAUGGUGGGUGGAGUGGUGGGGGACUUUUACCGGGUGAUGGAGGCGCGGAGACUCUUAGGGUGUGGAUGGGGUGGGAGCAAGACAAGGACUUCGCCGUUCGAGGGGAUGGGGCGUUAUUGCCGGCGAAUGGCAGGACUAAACUGUAG